UGAGAAUCUUACCUCUCCGCCCGAACGGGCUUCCAAACCCUAAUGGCCCAAGACAUGGACGACCAUACCCCAGAGAUCACCGAGGACGGCCGAUCGCCGCCGGGUUCCUCCGACCCCGCCCUCUCCCGUGCCCUCUCCUCCAGCCGCCUCAACGCCCGGGCCGCCGAGUUCGUACCCCGUGCGGCGCCGAUCCGCCACGGUCACGGCCCGGCGGCGCGUCCGGUGAUGCACGUCUUUCACCAGGCGCCUCCAGGUCCGGCGUGCUUCGGCCCUGGGCCGAGUUCGUUUGAGUACUACGGGGGUGGGGGUGGGGGUGGGGGUGGGGCUGCCGGCGGGUUUGGAGAGCAUGAGGGAGCACAUACAGGUGAUGAUCUAGAUCUAAGCUCUUCGGCAGGUGAUGGUCUCUCGGAUGAAGUUAUCCAAAAGAUCACCAAGCAGGUUGAGUAUUAUUUCAGUGAUGCAAACCUUGCUACAACUGAACAUUUGAUGAGGUUCAUUACUAAAGAUCCUGAGGGAUUUGUACCUAUAUCGGUGGUUGCAGCUUUCAAAAAAAUCAAGGCAUUAGUCCAUAACAAUUUGCAGCUUGCUAUGGCACUGCAGACGUCAACAAAACUUGUUGUAAGUGAUGAUGGGAAGAAGGUUAGGCGCCAGCAACCUUUUACCGAAUCAGACAUGGAAGAGUUGCAGUCCCGCAUCGUGAUAGCCGAAAAUCUACCUGAGGAUCAUUGUUAUCAGAAUCUUAUGAAGAUUUUCUCAUCUAUUGGAAGUGUCAAGACAAUUCGCACAUGCUAUCCACAACCAUCCAAUGGAGCAGCUGCUGUAACUAAUAGACCAACAAAACUUGAAAUGCACUUUGGUAACAGAUUGCAUGCAUUUGUUGAGUAUGAGACCGUCGAAGAUGCUGAAAAAGCAGUUGCAGAACUCAACAAUGAAAAGAAUUGGAGAAGUGGACUCAGAGUUAGAGUGUUCCCUAAACUUUUGACAAAACAUGGGCAAGGUCGAGGAAGAAAAGUACAUGAAGUUGAAUUUACUGGAGAGGAGGAUGUCUCCACAUUAAAUGAGAAGCAGGUUGAGGAUGCCUAUCACACGUCUGAAGUGUUGCACGAGCACGAGAGUGUGGACAGUUUCAAUGACAAGGAUGGAACAGUAAGGCGAGGGAGAGGUCGUAGCAGAGGAGGAAGAGGACGAGGACGAGGCCAACAUCUUAGCAAUAACCGUGUUGGAGGCCAUGCAGUUGGUACUCCACCGUCAAGCCAUCAUCUUAUCCAUUCCGAGCGUGAGCAACCUGUUGGAGCCAACAAACAACCUCCUGGUCCUCGCAUGCCAGAUGGUACAAGGGGUUUCACCAUGGGUCGAGGAAAACCAGUCGUCCCAACAGGUACAAUCUAAAAAUCUUUCAUGAGUAUGGUUGUUCUUCAUGUUUGUUUGUUGUCGAUGUGUAUAAUAAUAGUAUGUCUUUGUUAGACAAAUCUGCUGCUUUUUGGUGUAAUUAUUGAUUCUGGAUGUCGGUGUGUCCAGUAUAUUAGGGUGUUUUAAACCUUGCUUUGGGGCUCACUUCCAGGCCACUGUUUCCUCUUACUACUGCCAAAGAAAGAAAUGUUGAUACCAGUGUUUUGAACACAUUACUAUAUUCAAAGUUUCUUGUUCUUGGUA